AUGGAUCUUGAUACUUUGUAUGCCGAUGCCUUGGCUGGAGAUGCCGAAGCCAUAGCCGAAUUAGAGAAGAAAGCUGAUCGCCUCAGCCAACACGAUAGAACUAUCCUUCACGUCGAAUCCAUGUAUGGUCAUGCAGAACGCGUGCGAAGCAUUAUGAAAAUGUUUGAACAAAUUUUUUUUUUGGUCAAGCUGGAUACGUUUAAACAAACUGCGCUUCACCUGGCCGCAGAUCAUGGACACACUGAAGUGGUCGAGCUCCUGAUUGAUGCAGCCAGAGCUUUGUCUUCUCCGCUUGGUGAUGAUGAUAUACAUGAUCCAGUUGAAGAUUUUAUUAGGCGAGCUGAUGAGAAGAUGAGCACUGCUUUGCACCUAGCAGUCAGCAAUCAUCACAUGGGUAUUGUUAAGCUGAUAGUGGAGCCAGAUCCGAGGGAUAGACAUAUUCAGAACUGUAACUAUGAAACUCCCAUCUACAUUGCAGCAAAACUGGGCUACACCCACAUAGUCAUUUACGACCGCCAUUACCGACCGCACAAAAUCGAAAAAUAUAAGCAUCUGUCCACUGCCAAGGAACUUUGGAAAGCAGCCAAACGUUCAGCUUGUCAUGAGGAUGCACCAUAUAACAGCUUUGAAGCCUUGUUUUAUAUCACUGACCAGGAUGGCCACAAUGUCUUGCAACUGGCAGUGAUGGGAAAUAACAAGGAUGCGGUGGAGCUGAUACUGAAGGAAGAUCCGGAAUAUCACCACAAGCGUUCAAAUAAAAACAGUGAUCUCAAGUCUUUAGCUUACAUAGCGGCCGAAAAGAGGUAUAAAGACAUUGUCAAACUAGUCUGUGAAACUUAUGAAGCCAGAAAUGAAAUUGGUCAUUGGGGUCAGACCACUUUGCAUGCUGCUAUUAUAGGGCGUGAUGCAGACACUGCACUUGUUCUUUUACGCCGUAACCGCCAUCUAGUAACAUGGGAAGACCACAGAGGGUGGACACCACUUCAUUACGCCGCUUAUUACGGAUUUGAUGAAAUAAUCCUUGAGAUGCUAGAUAAGCAAGACGAGGUAGCAGGAUACCAGUUUGUGCCCAGAGAAAACAUACCUCCACCAUUUUUUGUGGCAGUAGAACAAGGACAUCUUUCUACGGUACAACUAUAUAUGUUCAGCCAUGUAAUAGGGUCAAAAUCGGUCAGCGCAGAUGUUAAUUUUAAUGGUCAAAAUAUACUGCACUUUAUGGCAUGGCGUCUGGAAAAAACAAACAAAUGAUAAAGUAUAUAUUGAGGUUCUGUGAAACUAGCUCCGUGGAAAAUAUCGAUAUAUUGAAUCAGAAAGACAUCCAUGGAAAUACACCUCUUCAUAUACUAAUUAUCCGUGAGGGUUGUUAUGUACCUGAAUUCAUUAAAAGUGUCAGCAUUGAUAAAAAUGCAACAAACAAUGAUGGGUGGACUCCUGUAGACAUGUUAUAUUUCAGUAAGAACGUCACGGACGACCAGGUACGUUAUCACUAGUCAAAUUUAGCAAAUAAUAGUAAAAUUUUUAUUUGAAGUUGAUACUUUUCUCUUAAGUAACUGAUAUCACCAUGGAGUAUUUUUAUAUGCAAGUUAGUUAAGUAUCUAAUUAUAUCCUCCUGAUUCAUUAUAGGUACGAAUUAGAAUAGAAAUCGAUAAUAUCCAAGCUAAACACAAGUGGAAAUUUUGGCACAGAAGCAUCAAAUUACAUAACCCGAGUCCAGUGCCCUUUGGAAUCAGGUUCGGAAAGGAACCUGAAUUUAUAAAAGCUAAGAGAUUACUGAUUGAAGGAGAGAUUAAAAGGAAGAAAGAUGAGUUUAAACUGGUGAAAGAUGAUCUUGAAAGGUAUAGGCAAAGAACCAACACACAAAUCAUAGUUACCGCGCGCUUAUAACUACGGUAACCUUUACCGUCGGAUUUACUUUUCCAGGAGGUUACCAUGAGAGUGGAGAACCCGAUCAAGGUUUGGUACUUCUUUCUAGGAAAACUGCUUUUAAGGCAUUCAUGAUCUCAGAUGCUUUAGCUCUAAUGUUGUCGACUUGUUCUUUAUUUUUCUACUAUGUAUGAUGAUCCACUCCAAGUGUCAAAACUGAAUGCUGCAUCAACUGUCCUCAUUAUUGUUUCCGUCAUUGGAAUGAUGUUGACAUUUAUCACUGGAACAUAUGUUGUAUUGUUCCACUCACCAGCCUUGGCGAUUACCGUGUGCCUAAUCUGUUGCUUUUUCUUCAUUCUCGUCAUUGUUCAGUCGAUCAAGAUGAUUUAUGAUCGUAGACUAACAAAGAUUCAUAUAGUUUGAGUUUCUUUUUUAUUA